GUCCAAGAUACGUGUCCUGCGCGUGUGAUAGAGAGAGAGAGCGACCGACGGACGCCACCACCACCAGAGCCGAGCCGGCGGCGGGGGCAGCUUGGUCGACGCCACGCCCGCGAUGGGGGCGGGAGGAUCCUGGCGCUGGGCCGUGGGCGCGGUCUGCGGGGGGCUGGUCUACUACCACUGCGCGGUGCGGCGGGCGAGCGCGGUGUCCCUCGCCGCCGACGUGCUCCUCGUCCUCCUCUGCUCCCUCUCCAUCCUCGGCCUUCUCUUCCGCCACCUACACAUCUCGGUGCCUGUGGAUCCUCUUGAGUGGCAGAUUUCUCAAGAGAUGGCAAAUAGCAUAGUUGCAUCCUUGGCUAACACAAUUGGAGCUGCGGAAUCUGUAUUGAGGGUGGCUGCGACUGGACACGACAAGAAACUCUUGUUCAAGGUGGUUUUUACUCUGUAUUUCCUAGCAGCUUUGGGAAGGGUUGUCUCAGGCGCUGCUAUUGCUUAUGCUGCUCUGUGCAUCUUCUCCCUCUACAUGUUCGUGCAAAGCACCGACCAGUUUGACCAGCUUCCUUGGGUUCCUUUAGGAAGAGACUCGCUGGGCGGCGCCCAGGAUACCACAUGAUUUCUUCAUGUACAUGUCUUGCUGAUCCUUUUUUUUCUUCAUUGUUCGAUUUCUGUAUAUGGCCAUGGAGGCCAAUAGCUUGAACCGUCCCCAGUGUUGUUUUAAGAUGAACACUGGUGCGCCAUGUGUGCAGCCAUGUGCGUCCCUUUUUUUAAAGGGGUGAUGAGUGUGACAUUAAUAAAAAAGAAGAGGGCAUUCACGCAA